AUGGCGACAACCAGUCUCCGCUCUGAUCUCGGCCCUCUGACGACAACCUUUACUCCGCCAGCUGACUGCACAGAAUAUCGUUGGCGGUCCCUUUGUUACACUUACACCACAUCAUCUUCGAACGGGCCUGAUCCCUGGAGCACCUCUAUCAUCCAAUCAUGCUAUCCGCAAGGCUUUGCGUCGUUUUACAACAGGCAUAUGAAUAGCCCUGAGGAUUACCUUGCCGUCUAUUCGCCCGGGUCAAUCUGUCCGUCGGGAUACACGGCCGCCUGUACUCAGGUGCGUAGCAAAGGACAGCCGAAUCCAUUCGAGAAUGUGGAUGGCGAAUUUGCUGCUGCAGCGAUAUGGGAUUUGCUGCGUGAUGGCGAAACUGCGUUGGGAUGCUGUCCAAUAGGCUACGACUGUGAUGAUGUUGAUGUUUCAGCAUGCGCAUCGACUGCAUCACGCCCCGUUGUGGUGACGGACACUUUAAAAUGUCCCGACACACUUACGCCAGUCACGCAUCCUACACUUGCCACCUAUUUCAAUGCUCAGAGAGUGGUGGUGGUACACGCAGCUAUACCAGAGCAUUCAGCAACAGGUGGUACAGCGACAUCAGCUCCUACUUCAACAGCUCCUACUUCAACCGCACCUACUUCAUCCUCCCCCGUGUCCUCCGUUGCCAGCGAGAAUCCUGUCCCCAAGUCCAGUCAAGGGCUGCCCCUCGCAGCGAAGAUUGCCAUUGGAGUGCUUAUCCCUCUGGUAGCGAUCCUGUCAGGGGCAAUGUGCUUUUUCAUCUAUAGAUACAGACGGAAACGAAAGCAGUUGCAAGCUGUACAGGGGUUCGGGCAAGAUGCACCCAGCAGCGGCAGCGAUGACCUGGAAACACCGAAAGCGGAACUGCCAGGUGACGAUGGCAUGACGAGUUCCGGACCAAAUGGCACGGCCUUUCGCAAGGCAGAGCUUGAUGCUUUGAUACCUGGCUCAGGCGGUGUAGCAGAAUUACCUGCCGAACUGGCUGGCGGUGGAUUAUCAGAGUUGCAUGGUAGUUCUAGUCCUGGUGAAUUAGAUUCCAUGUCUAAGGGAUUGGGCGUUGUUGACGUGGUUGGGAAAGAUGAUUAUGGCAAUGGAGCAGCUAUCAUGACUAAACUAGAUUAA